GUCUCCUCUGCCAGCAGACCCAACCCAUGUCCUCCUCUCCAGCGACCCCAGCCAGCGCCGCACGCACAGACGGCUCUGGUCUGGUCACCGUGCUCUUCUUUGCAGCCGCCAAGGACGUGGCCGGGGCAGCCUCGGUCGAGAUCGCGAUUGCCGAUGUCGGUGUCGAUGCCGGUGCCGGUGCGCUCCAGCACGGACCCAGGCAGAUUCCGCCAAGCAUCGCUCCGGCUGUGAGUCUGGCAGAUCUCGUCGAGCAUCUCCUGGCACGUUUUCCGGACCUCAAGCCGCUUCUUGCAUCGAUGAUGGUCGCCGUGAAUCUGGACUAUGCUCCGCUCGAGUCGUGGCUGCCUGCAAGGCUAGCGGUUGCUGGCGGCCAACCCCGCGAGCCGCUCUGGGUUCGGCCUGGCGACGAAGUGGCCCUCAUUCCCCCCGUGAGCGGCGGUUAGGCUUUUAUGACGGUCUUUCCUUCGGCGAGAGUAUCGAGCUCCUCGCCAUCGAGCCAACUCUGAGCCCACUCGAUCGACACGAUCCGAAAGCUCGAGCCAAUCGUUGCCCGCCGGCUCAACCCAACGCAACGGCAAGGCCAUGUUCAGGGCUCACAGAACGAAGUGGCAGACGCCCUGGUUUCGUUUUUGGAUAGGAAUACACUCACUCGAGAUUAACAACCAGUACCCACACCGCGAAAGCAGGGCAGGGGAUAUACCCUAGUCGUUAUUUUGAGCAGUAUCUCCACAGCCAGAGGAAAGCGUGCGUUGGUGUAGAUGUGGUUGACGCAGAUGUGGUUGGUGCAGUUGUAGUUGGUGCGGUUGUAGUUGGUGCAGUUGUAGUUGGUGUACCGCAAUCCAACAUCGCAAGCCAGGAACAUGCUCGUGAUGUCAAAGCC